GCCCAAAAUGCCUACACAAUUCAUUAGGAACCGGUCUGCGUUCCCACAAGGAACUAACAAUGAUAUUGAUGACUUCCAGUAUCAAAAUGAUUUUUCAUCAUCUUCCCACCAGCUUCCUUCAACAGCGUCAGGGUAUUCCGAGCACAGUUCACACCAAAAUUUCCAGAAUCAUUCGCCACCACCGGGAAAAGCGACAACUGAUCCGCUGGCCGGAGCACUCCUUGGGCUCUCCGACGUCAUCACAAAAUCGCUAAUUUCCCAUCCAUGCGGUGUGCUCCGCCGUCAAUGUCAAGUUCAUCAGUUCGCUGGAUCUCUCCACCUGACACCAGUCACACUGAUUCCUGUAAUCUGUAAUUCUGUCGCUAAACAAGGAAUUCAGACAUUCUGGAAAGGAGCAAUCGGCUCAAGUGUGCUCUGGGGCCUCACGAAUGUUACGGAAAUUGUGCUCGGCGAUCUUAUGGGGUUGCCACGUACUUUUGUGGUUAAUGGAAGUGCUGAAAAGUAUUGGAAACAUAUUGUUCUGAAGGGAGUAACAUUUGUAACAAUGACUCCAUUCUACAUCUCAUCAUUCAUUGAAACUGUUCGAAGCGAAUCCGGAAUUGGUGGUGAAGACAAUAAAAUUCUGGAUGUUCUUGUGAAGGGUGUGGAUCGAAUGCGAUAUUUUUUGACUUCGGGACGAGAUCCGUCCAGGAGAUUCUCGAUUAUUCAUUUGGCUAUUCCAACUGCGGGAUUUCAAGUUGGUCACUACAUGCUCCAAACGGCCCUUUACCAUCAAUUCUUCCGAAUGGCGAAACGAUAUGUAAACCGAAAAUCGCCGGCGGAAAAGACGACUUAUCACGAUUUCCUGCCCCAAAUGUUCGCUCAAACAUCAUCAAUGGUGUUAACUGAUUUGAUACUUUAUCCAUUUGAAACAAUUGUUCAUCGAAUGUAUAUUCAAGGAACACGAACACUUAUUGAUAAUAUGGAUACAGGAUUAUCAGCAGUUUCGAUGACUGUCAAAUAUUCCGGUUAUUUUGAUUGUGUUCGACAAGUUCUUGAAACGGAAGGUUUUUGGGCACUUUAUGCGGGUGUCGGCGCAGUUCUUCUCGAAUAUUCCCUUCACCAAGGCCUCCAACAACUGGUUCGAGCGUGUUUCGAUCGCGGAUCCGAGCUUCUUCGUAAAGCGACACAAGGUCAUCCAGUAGUACAAUCCUCCCAGAUUACACCACCAAUUUCCGCAAAAUCCAGCUUCAACGGGCCAAUUUCCAAUAGUUUCCCGUCGGCUGGAGCCGCUCUUUUAUCGCCAAUGAGCACACCGAGAAAACAUUCAACACCGCCAAAGGACCCCACAGAAUUCCCGACUUUCGGGGAAACUGUGAGCCAAAUUGGGUCACCUUAUCAGAUGCCUGAUAGGCCUAAUGUUUUCGGAAGCCCGCCGAAUAGAACUCGUGCCACACAUGAUUCGACCCAAAGCCUGCCGCCGCUCCAACUGAACAUUCGCCCGUCGUCUGGAGACCCAUUUUCGGGUUGAAAAUUUCAAUUUCAUAAUUUAAAUAUUCCUCUUGAUUGAUUUUCGCCUAAUUUUCCGAGUUUUUUUUAGUUUAUUUUACAUUUAUUUUCCUAUUUAAAUAGGAAUAUUUCUGUGUGUUUAUGCCGCCCGAUUUCCCCCAGCUAGUCUACGGUAAGCGAUUGUACGCAAACACCGAGCGCGGUGUUUGCGUACUCUGCCAUUUAUUUUUUCGAUGAAAUUUUUGCAUUUUGAAA